CUCACAUCCACCUCCACAUAUAUCAUCUCACGGAAGAGAGAAUAUCUUCCCAAAUCAGAGUCGCAAUGGAGCCACAACAACCGGACACCGCCCAGUCAAUCAGCGCGGACGAGAUUGCGUUGUAUGACCGUCAGAUUCGCCUCUGGGGAGUCAAGGCGCAGGAGAAAUUACGAUCCGCGAACAUCCUGCUCAUCACCUUCAGGGCCCUGGCAAAUGAGGUAGCGAAGAACCUGGUGUUGGCCGGAAUCGGGUCCCUGACCAUCAUCGACCACGAAUCAGUCACGGAAGAGGACUUGGGGGCUCAGUUCUUCAUCAACGAGGAACACUUGGGCCAAAAUCGUGCGCAAGCUGCAGCCGCCUCUGUUCGCGCCAUGAAUCCCCGGGUCCAACUGCACAUCGACACCGAAGACAUCCAUCAGAAGCAGCCGGAAUACUUCACGCAAUUCGACAUCACCAUCGCAACGGAGCUUGACUUCGCUACAUACACCACCAUCAACGCGGCCUGUCGCAUCGCCAACCGCCCCUUCUACGCCGCCGGACUGCACGGAUUCUACGGGUUCGUCUUCGCCGAUCUGAUCUCCCACGAUUUCGUCAUCGAGCGCUCCAAGUCGAACGUUCAGUCCACAACCCAAGAGACCCCGACUCGCAGUAUCCUGAACAUCACCACCAAGAAGGAGUCCGACAAGGUCAUCGAGAUGGUGACCAAGCGCGAAACCUAUUCCCCGCUGAUCCUCGCAAACACCUCCCCCUUACCCGACGAAUUCACCCGCAUUGCCCGCAAACGCAAACAAGUUACUCCCCUGCUCACAUGUCUCCGUGCCCUGUGGGAGUACCAGAAACUCUCUGCCGGCGCCAUCCCCACCUUCUCCCGUCAGGAUCUGGAAAGCUUCACUAAGCUGGCCAACGAUCUGCACCAGGAACUCAAACUCGACAUCGCCACUUUGGACGCAGGCUUCCUACGCUCCUUCCUCCAAAAUCUAGGGAGUGAACUCAGCCCCGUGGCCGCUUUCGUCGGCGGUAGCCUCGCUCAGGAUGUGAUCAACGUUCUGAGCGCCAGAGAACAACCCCUCCAGAACAUGCUACUCUUCGAUGGCGAGAAAUCCGUCGCCCCCAUAUACCCCUUACAUCCUUUCUUCCCGCCAGAACUCCCCAGUGUUCUUGCGGCUGUGCCUCCCCUGGCGAACCCCAUUCCUCUAGACAACGAGCCGGCUAUGACAGUCUGACCUGUCGCUAGCUAAGGGCCGUGGGUGUCAGUAUAUGGAAGGCUCUCGCCGCCGCGCCUUGGCAUCUUUGAUGUCUGGUCCCUUCUCUGGGAAUCAACUCACGACGUGUACGAUAAAAUCGAUUAAAAACAUUAUGCUCUUAGGAUCUUUG